AUGGUGAAAAAGUCCCCAUUUGCUCCGAUUCCGAUCCCAUCCUCCAAUGUUCUCUCUUUUCUAUUUCCCCCAGGUUCACCCUUGCGUUCCGCCACAAAGCCCAUCUGGAUCGAUUCUGCAGAUCCGACCCUUCAGCUGACAACAGCUGCUGCAUUGGAUUGGGUGAAGCGUUUGUGUUCUGGCCUUGAGAAUUUCAAGGACCAGGCCUCUGGUCAACAGGUAGUUAAGAAGGGCGAAGUAGUCCUCAUUUUCACUCCGAAUCAAAUUUUUGUCCCAGUUGCGUAUUUGGGUAUCGUUGGGUCAGGACGGAUCUUCAGCGGAAUAAAUCCUGGCUAUAGCGUCAAUGAGGUCGUAUAUCAAAUGAAUAACACCGAGGCCAAAGUUAUCCUUGUCCAUCCCUCUCUCCUUGACACAGCUGUAGCAGCAGCAAGGCAGGCCGGGAUUCCAACCGACCGUAUAUUUCAGUUUUCGGAAACAGAAGUCCCUAUGCGGGACGGCGUUCGGGACUGGCGAGAAUUGUUAGCGAACCUCGAGGCCUCCCGUGACUACCAAUGGCCAGAAUUAAGUGAAAAUGAAGCUGCAAACACGAUUGCGACAAUCAACUACUCGUCUGGCACCACUGGUUUACCUAAAGGUGUCUGCGUCAGCCACCGAAAUUUGAUCGCCAACAUUCUGCAGUCAAAUUACAUUCGCAAUGCGUUGGUUCAAUAUGGUCCCGAGGGCCCUCCGCAGCAUCGCUGGAUUGGUUUUUUGCCGCUGUACCAUGUGUACGGGCAGAUGAUGACAAUACUUCAUGCUGUACGCAACCAAGUUCCUAUAUACGUGAUGAAAAAGUUCGUCUUCGAAGACUAUCUUCGCGCUAUACAGGAUUAUAAAAUUACUUACCUGCACGUGGUGCCUCCAAUUAUGGUUAUGCUGAGCAAACGGCCAGAAACGGCCAAAUAUGACUUGAGCAGUGUACUCGAAAUUUCAUGCGGGGCGGCACCGUUAUCACGAGAGCUUCAGAAUGAGGUUGCAGAAAAGUAUGGGGUUAGUAUCAAGCAGGGUUGGGGAAUGACCGAAGUGACGACGGGUGCAAUUCAUGUUCCAGGUGGUGUCGAGGAUAAAACAGGAAGCGCCGGGGUCCUUGAUCCGAAUUGUGAGUGUAAACUGCUAGAUGACGAUGGGAAUGAAGUACCAGAAGGCGAACCCGGUGAAAUGUACAUACGGUCCCCCAAUGUCUCCAUGAAGUACUGGAAGAAUGAGGAGGCUACGAGAGAGACCAUGUUGUCGGAUGGAUGGCUUCGAACCGGUGAUAUCGCCGUCUGCCGCGGUGACUGGUUUUGGAUUGUUGAUAGAAAGAAGGAGCUUAUCAAGGUAAAUGCACUCCAAGUGGCCCCUGCAGAACUCGAAGCGGCGUUGCUCGAAAAUGAUGACAUUGCCGACGCCGCUGUCGUUGGUAUGAAGAUGAACGAUGAGGAAUUCCCUCGAGCAUAUGUUGUGCUCAAGGAUGCCGUGAAACAACGCCCAAACCCACUGACCGGAGAGCAAAUCCAGGAAUGGAUAAAGCCACGAGUUGCAAAGCAUAAGUGGCUAACUGGAGGAGUUGAGCUCAUUGACGAGGUCCCAAAGUUACCGAGCGGCAAGAUUAUGAGAAAGGUAAUGAGAGAGUGGGCAAAGAGGGAUGCGGCGAAAUUUCAGGGGUUACAGAGAGCAAAACUGUAA